AUGCAUAAAAUUGCACUUUCAGAGUCUAGUGGCGUUGUGGAGACAGGCUCCGGCACAGAGUCUAGUGGCGUUGUGGAGACAGGCUCCGGCACAGAGUCUAGUGGCGUUGUGGAGACAGGCUCCGGCACAGAGUCUAGUGGCGUUGUGGAGACAGGCUCCGGCACAGAGUCUAGUGGCGUUGUGGAGACAGGCUCCGGCACAGAGUCUAGUGGCGUUGUGGAGACAGGCUCCGGCACAGAGUCUAGUGGCGUUGUGGAGACAGGCUCCGGCACAGAGUCUAGUGGCGUUGUGGAGACAGGCUCCGGCACAGAGUCUAGUGGCGUUGUGGAGACAGGCUCCGGCACAGAGUCUAGUGGCGUUGUGGAGACAGGCUCCGGCACAGAGUCUAGUGGCGUUGUGGAGACAGGCUCCGGCACAGAGUCUAGUGGCGUUGUGGAGACAGGCUCCGGCACAGAGUCUAGUGGCGUUGUGGAGACAGGCUCCGGCACAGAGUCUAGUGGCGUUGUGGAGACAGGCUCCGGCACAGAGUCUAGUGGCGUUGUGGAGACAGGCUCCGGCACAGAGUCUAGUGGCGUUGUGGAGACAGGCUCCGGCACAGAGUCUAGUGGCGUUGUGGAGACAGGCUCCGGCACAGAGUCUAGUGGCGUUGUGGAGACAGGCUCCGGCACAGAGUCUAGUGGCGUUGUGGAGACAGGCUCCGGCACAGAGUCUAGUGGCGUUGUGGAGACAGGCUCCGGCACAGAGUCUAGUGGCGUUGUGGAGACAGGCUCCGGCACAGAGUCUAGUGGCGUUGUGGAGACAGGCUCCGGCACAGAGUCUAGUGGCGUUGUGGAGACAGGCUCCGGCACAGAGUCUAGUGGCGUUGUGGAGACAGGCUCCGGCACAGAGUCUAGUGGCGUUGUGGAGACAGGCUCCGGCACAGAGUCUAGUGGCGUUGUGGAGACAGGCUCCGGCACAGAGUCUAGUGGCGUUGUGGAGACAGGCUCCGGCACAGAGUCUAGUGGCGUUGUGGAGACAGGCUCCGGCACAGAGUCUAGUGGCGUUGUGGAGACAGGCUCCGGCACAGAGUCUAGUGGCGUUGUGGAGACAGGCUCCGGCACAGAGUCUAGUGGCGUUGUGGAGACAGGCUCCGGCACAGAGUCUAGUGGCGUUGUGGAGACAGGCUCCGGCACAGAGUCUAGUGGCGUUGUGGAGACAGGCUCCGGCACAGAGUCUAGUGGCGUUGUGGAGACAGGCUCCGGCACAGAGUCUAGUGGCGUUGUGGAGACAGGCUCCGGCACAGAGUCUAGUGGCGUUGUGGAGACAGGCUCCGGCACAGAGUCUAGUGGCGUUGUGGAGACAGGCUCCGGCACAGAGUCUAGUGGCGUUGUGGAGACAGGCUCCGGCACAGAGUCUAGUGGCGUUGUGGAGACAGGCUCCGGCACAGAGUCUAGUGGCGUUGUGGAGACAGGCUCCGGCACAGAGUCUAGUGGCGUUGUGGAGACAGGCUCCGGCACAGAGUCUAGUGGCGUUGUGGAGACAGGCUCCGGCACAGAGUCUAGUGGCGUUGUGGAGACAGGCUCCGGCACAGAGUCUAGUGGCGUUGUGGAGACAGGCUCCGGCACAGAGUCUAGUGGAGUUGUGGAGACAGGCUCCGGCACAGAGUCUAGUGGCGUUGUGAAGACAGGCUCCGGCACCAAGUGUGUGGAACCAACCAAUGACAAAAAGGACAAGGGUUAUGAAGCAAAUGACCAUCCUCGAAACUGA